GACUUGGGGUCGGGAAAGACCGUGUGCGCGCGCUCGUGGAGGGGGUGAAGCCCCCCACCCCGGGACAGAACCCGCGUGCACCGCGGAGCCUGUUUGGGGCGCGGCGAGGGGCGAGGGCACUGCCACUUUAACAGUGGGGAAGUCCGCCCUCCUGAGGUAAUGGUAACCUCAGCCUCCUCCCGCCUCCUGCCGGAGCUAGAGGGAGAGAGAGAGAGAAAACUUGUUUUCAUUCAUAACUUUUUCCUUUUCCUUCCUCUCCGUCCACUGUUUAUUCCCCGCUCCUCUCAGCGCGGAUCGCAGAGGGCGCAGCUCCGCCGUCGUAACCGGGCAAUGUGGCGGCGACGCUCCGCUGCGGCCCCUGCCCCGGCGCUCCGCCACGGCGGCGUGUCCUGUGCCGUGUAGACGGACGCUCGCCUAGACGCCGGCCGCCGCCGCCGCCGCCGCGGGCUCGCUCGGAAGGCUCGGCGCGAGUGGCCGCGACCCUCGGUGCCCUGCGCAGAGUGUGUGCUGGAGACCCCCGGGGACGCGUGGGAUGUGACGGCAGUGCCCGCACAGGAUUUCAGAUGCAUGCCAGGUUUCUACUGAUUGCCAGAAUCCGAGAUCACUACACAUGGAUCCCCAAAAUCAACAUGGCAGUGGCAGUUCCUUAGUUGUGAUCCAGCAGCCUGCUUUGGACAGCCGUCAGAGAUUAGACUAUGAGAGAGAGAUUCAGCCUGCUGCUAUUUUGUCCUUAGACCAAAUCAAGGCCAUCAGAGGCAGCAAUGAAUACACAGAGGGGCCUUCCGUGGUGAAAAGACCUGCUCCUCGGACAGCACCGAGACAAGAAAAGCAUGAAAGGACUCAUGAAAUCAUACCAAUUAAUGUGAAUAACAACUAUGAGCAUAGACCUACGAGCCACCUGGGACAUGGGGGACUCUCAAAUCCUGCCAGGGGCCCCAUUUUGAGCAGAUCAACCAGCACUGGAAGUGCGGCCAGUUCUGGGAGCAACAGCAGUGCCUCUUCUGAGCAGGGACUGUUGGGAAGGUCACCACCAAGCAGACCAGUCCCUGGUCACAGGUCCGAGAGGGUGAUUCGGACCCAGCCCAAGCAACUGAUUGUGGAUGACUUGAAGGGUUCCUUGAAAGAGGACCUAACACGGCACAAGUUCAUUUGUGAACAGUGUGGGAAGUGCAAGUGUGGGGAAUGCACAGCUCCCAGGACCCUGCCAUCCUGUUUGGCCUGCAACCGGCAGUGCCUCUGUUCUGCCGAGAGCAUGGUGGAGUAUGGAACCUGUAUGUGCUUAGUCAAAGGCAUCUUCUACCACUGCUCCAAUGACGACGAAGGAGAUUCUUACUCGGAUAAUCCUUGCUCCUGUUCACAGUCACACUGCUGCUCUAGAUACCUGUGCAUGGGCCAUGUCUCUGUUUUUACCUUGCUUACUCUGUUACCCUCCUGCCAAGGGAUGCCUGAAGCUCUGCAGGGGGUGCUAUGACUGGAUCCAUCGCCCAGG